UGCCAUCUUUAUUAGUUCAGAGACGCGCGGGGUAGAUGUGUCAAAUCGUGAAAUCCAUUACAAUAUUUGAAUAAAAAUGGUGUUUAUACAGGAAAGAUGAUUUUUAACGUCCAAAUUUGAUGUAUGUAAAUUGAGAAAAAGAUGGUUAGCAACAUUUCACGGGGUACUCCCCGUAUCCAGGUUUUCAGACCAACGUAUGAAGAGUUUAAGGAGUUCACCAAAUAUGUGGAGUACAUGGAAAGCAAAGGAGCUCAUAAGGCUGGUUUAGCGAAAGUGAUUCCUCCACCCGAAUGGAUCCCAAGGAAAAAAGGUUACAACUUGGACGACUUAGAUCUCACGAUUCCUGCUCCAAUUUGUCAGGUGGUAACUGGUAAACAAGGCCUUUACCAACAAAUUAAUAUACAAAAAAAGUCAAUGACUGUCAAAGAAUAUAGCAAAAUGGCUAACUCUGAACGAUAUAAUACUCCACGCCACUUUGAUUACGAAGACUUAGAGAGAAAAUACUGGAAGAAUAUAACGUAUGUGGCACCUAUAUAUGGGGCAGACGUAUCUGGUUCCUUGACUGAUCCAGAUGUCAAAGAAUGGAAUAUUAAUCAUUUAGGAACAAUACUUGAUUAUGUGAACAAAGAUUAUGGUAUAUCUAUCGAUGGUGUCAACACAGCAUACUUGUAUUUCGGAAUGUGGAAAACGACGUUUGCAUGGCAUACAGAAGAUAUGGAUUUAUAUUCUAUAAAUUAUUUACAUUUUGGGGCUCCAAAAACAUGGUACGCUAUACCACCGGAACAUGGUAGACGAUUGGAAAGGUUAGCUAGUGGUUUUUUCCCAUCAAGUUAUCAAAGCUGUCAGGCUUUUCUACGUCAUAAAAUGUCUCUUAUUUCUCCUCAAGUGUUGAGGCAAUAUUCCAUUCCGUGCAAUAAAAUAACACAAGAAGCUGGAGAAAUUAUGAUCACUUUUCCUUAUGGAUACCAUGCUGGUUUCAAUCAUGGAUUCAAUUGUGCUGAAUCCACGAACUUUGCUGCCCCACGAUGGGUAGAGUAUGGUAAAAGGGCUACACAAUGUACCUGCAGUAAAGAUAUGGUUAAGAUAUCUAUGGACACUUUUGUAAAACGUUUUCAACCAGAAAGAUAUGAAUUAUGGUUACGUGGAGAAGAUAUUGGUCCACAUCCUGAAGAUCCUAAACAAACAGCCGCACCUAUGCCUUCUCAAAUGGAUCUUUUAUGUAGCAAUAGUAGCAAUGGACAGUUGCCACAAAGUUAUUUGAAUGCCGCUCCGAAAAAUAAACGACAUACUAUACAUAAAAAAAAGAAUUUAAUGGCAACAAACUCAGAUGUUGAUAUGGAAGAGUUGGUAAAUCGUUCCGAUAUUCCACCAGAUGUUAAAAAAGUGUUACAAGAUUUAGAACUAGAAGAAGUAGAUGACCAACCGGAUGAACAACAGUUGGAAGUUUUAGAAGAUAUAUGGUUGAAAGCAGGAGAAAUGGAUGUAGAUGAGGCUUCUGUGUACGAUGAUGGUUAUAAUCGUAAAAAGAGUCGAAAGAGAAAGAGAAAGAACACCGAUAAGGAUAAAUCGAAGUCCAAAAAAGAAUGUAACAAAAGUAUUAUUGAUGGUGUUACGAUAAAGACUGAAAUAAAAAUGGAGAUAGACGACAGCUUUAAUUUUUUACCGUCUGCAGAACAAAGUACACAAUUAGAGAAAGUUGAUCAAAGAAGUUCCAAUGUCAUUAUGUCAAGGGAAAAUGUCGUUGGAAAUAUAAAAAUAGAAGAAAAUUCUGACUUCUUGGAGGCGUCUGACAGGCCGGUGAAAAAGAAGAAGAAACAUUCGAAGUCUGGAGAGCCAAAGAAAGUCAAAUCAAAGAACAUGAACAAAACUAAACGCAAACAUUUGGAUAUAUCUAUUUUCAAUACUAACGAGCCUUUGGAUGUGUCUGAUGCUGACGUGCAACGGCAACUUAUGGCUAUGCCAAGUCUUAAUUUACACAAAUCGACAGUUAAUAAGGAAAUCGCUAACCAUUUAUCAGGAACGACAGUAUUCCUUGAUAAUGAAGCUAGCGUGAGUCUCGUCAAAGAGAAAAAUGUUAUAAAUAUUACAAACAGCAGUCAUGUUCCAAAUUCUAUAUAUAGCGAUGCAAAAGAAACGGAGAAGAUUUUGGAUAAUAACGCGGACGAGCGAAUGAAUUUGUCUGCAAAGAGUACAAAGAAAAGCAGUAUAGCUACAAUAAAACCAACGUUUCCUAAGCAAAUUUCAUUGAAGAAUAUUUCUCUGGAUCAAGUGAAAUCCGCUAAUAAGAUUGACAAGGCUGUAGAGUCUGAAUACAUUGGCGAGGAUACGAAUGUUACUAUACAAGAAACGAAACCAGGCACAUACACUAGCUGCAAAAGUGUGGGAACAAUUAUAAGUGAAAGAUCGAUACUUAAUUAUCCAAAGAAAGAUAUCAUAAAAGCUCCCAGAUUGAGCGUGCUGAAAUCGGCAUACAACACACCUACGACUGAAGUGUCUCCGAAGAUUGGUUGCGAAAAGUCGACCGGAGCAGAGAAUGAUAAUCAUGUAACACAUAGAAACGUAGUAAUUUCACCAAAGACUUGGCCUAUUGCUAAACCGCGAGAACCCAAACUCUCAAAUCCAGGUGUAAUGUUUCUAAAUACUAAUUUCUCCAAUCCACCGAUUUUACAGAAAGAAAUACCCCAAGAGGUAGGGAACGAGACGAAGUCCGUAGAAGCUUCAAAAUCCGUAAGCCCAGGCACUAUUCAAAUACCACGGCUGGAAGGUAUUUUUGCAAAGAAUACAGUUUUGGCGCAACCGCUAAAUCAAUCUGUGAUGCGUGUAACCGGAACGAAUACAGAUAUUAAGACACUAGGAAAAAGAUCGUCCACGGAAACCUCAAAAAUGAUAGCAACAAAAUUUUGGCAGCCUUCUUCUGGCAAUAACAGCUUGUUUUUCUUGAAGGACGUGAGAGACGACAAACAAGCUCACCCGAUAGUUGCGAAGGUGGAUACUUCUGAAGCCUCGUUGAAUUUAACCGGCAAUAACACGCUCUUCUUGGCCACAACUUCAAAGUGCACGAACAUCGCGCUGAAUUCGCAGCCCUCGAUGAUGAUCGACUUCAAUAAGAAGUAUUUACAGAGUACUGCUUCGGUACCUGGGACAACCGGUUCUUUCGUAAAGAUUAUACCGAAAUCACAGGACCAGUUGAUCGUGAAAAAGUCGAUGAAUCAGAAGGAGGACACCUGCAACAGGAAAGUUCUCAAAACCGCAGGCACGAUUGUCAGCAAGACCGUGUCAACGCAGGUGGAUAGCCCAUUGGAAGUUGCCAGAAAAAGCACGAAUAUCACGAUGUUAGAUAUUGGCACGCAGUAUACCAUAAAUCAUUCCAACAUGGAUGUACAAGAUUCUCCGAAGACGAUUAUUCUUACGCCAUUGCAACAGGAGCAUCUCCCAAACGUGACGAUACCCGAUGAUCAGUUAAAAAUUCCGAAUACACAAAAGAGUCCGGAGAGCAUGUGUACCAGCGUACCGUUGCUGAAACAGUUAACGAGUUCGAGACGGAAAUCAAAAGAGAAGCUCAAGAAGUCAAUCACCAGGAAGAAAGAGCCGACAGAGACAAAGACAUUCGCGGCAACGUUGAAUUUGGACGAAACGAAUAUAGUCACGUAUUCGGUGAAUCAGCCCACGUCUCAUCGCGUGUCGAUGAUACCGGGACACAUAUCCGACAUGUUGUAUCCCAGCGUUCCGAAUAAUGAUUUGUUAAAGGCAUUCAACGAUUACUGGAGUGCUCAGAUAUCUCACUGCGCAGUUUGCGCACCGUUUACUUCGAGUUGCAACGGGCACAGCAGAUUAAUGCCGCCGGACUGGAAAUAUUGUAAACCCACCGUUUUACCAGAAAGUUCACCGAUAUGGGUAUCUGCGAAUAUAUUUGUUGCAAACUCGAAGGAGCAAAUCGUUGAGCAGGAAAAUGAUAAGCUUUUACGUUGUAGAGAGUGUCAUGUCACGGUUCAUGCCUCCUGUUAUGGGAUCACUGUAUUGCCUACAGAUUUGCGGAAUUGGGCUUGCGAUAAAUGCAAGGCUGGAAAAACACAGGUGAUGUGCUGUUUGUGCCCUAUGCGUGGAGGUGCUCUCAAGCGAACCAGCGAUAGUAAUUGGGCGCAUAUACUGUGCGCUCUUUUAUUACCUGGAGUCACUUUUAAGGAUGCUAUAAAUAAAGAUCCUAUCAAUGUGUUGACCAUAAAGCCGGACAAUGUUAAGCAACAGUGCUGUUAUUGCGGACAGAAAGAUGGUGCAUGUCUCAAAUGCAGUUACUGUACCAAUUUGUUUCAUCCGUCUUGCGGUCUUGUCUCUGGCGCCACGUUUACGAUACCCGUAUACAACUCACUCGAACUUCAGGUAACAUGCGAUGGACACGACGACGGAAAAGAAAAGAUACCGCCACUUCGACAAGGAGAGAUUGUUUGGGCAAAGCAUCGAAAUACCCGUUAUUAUAAGGCCAAAGUAGAUUCCAUACACGAUACUCUAUUUUAUAUGGUGACGUUUAGCGAUAACAGUUUUAGCGAUGAUUUAUAUCCAUCGGAUAUUAUGAACUACGAUCCUGGAAACCCACCUCAACAAGGUGCUGCAGUUGUUGUGAAGUGGACAGAUGGUAAUUUGUACAACGGUAUCUUUGAAGGUACAAAUCAUCGGAUCAUGUAUACUGUAAGUUUCGAAGACGGUUCGCAGCUUCCUUUGAAGCGAAACGAUAUAUACAGCUUACAAGAAGAUAUGCCAAAAAGAGUUCGGUCACGUUUGUCUGUUGCGACCGAAAUGAAGCACCGGUAUCAUCUAUACGGCAUGGAGGAUGAAUCGGAAGCGCAAAGAAAGGUGAAACAGUCGAAAUAUUGUGAUUAAAACAAAAAUUAUACAUUGUUCGUUGUAAAUAGUCGAUAAAGACAAAUAAUAAUUAAUCUAUUGUAUAUACUACAUAUUGUAUAAUCGUACCUAAUAAUUUGGUCUUUUCUAAACUUGUACUUAGAAUAGACCAAAUGUGAUAGGAUUUUUACAUUUCCUGAUUUUUCGUCUUUUUCGUCUCGUUUCUUUUUAUUUUAUUCUUUUUCUUAAUUUUUUUCUCUGUUAUUUUAACUCGCUUAUAUCUUUUUUUUCUGUGUCGCAUUUCUUCAUUUUUAAAUAUGUCGUACGUUUGUUCGUUAGAGUUGUCGCAAUGAGUAUUAAUAAAUUAUAUUCCGAUAUGUCAAAUGAAAAAUGAAAUAGAUGUUACAAUGUCUCAUCGAAUGAAAAAAAAAAAAAAAGAAAAGUAUUAAAGAAGCCUCAGUGUUACAGAUUACGUACGUGACUAUCGAUUUAGAGCAUUUUUAACCCAUUUUUAACUAUUUAAUGUAAUUAGAAAAUGAUACAAAUCAGACUCUAUCGCACGUAAUAAAAAUGAAACGUAGCGUUUUUUUUCCCUUUAUUCCUUUCUACUUACACGUAGAAUGAUUUCUAUCAAAGACAAAAUAAUAAAAUGUAUUCCUGUAUAUAUUUACAGACUGUGAAUAGGAAUAUGAAAUAUUAUUAAGCGAGACACCUAUGUGUAAUUUGAAAAGAACAUUUUUUACUUUAUUCUAUUGAUAAGAAUUUGAAAUUGAAAAUAUCAAAGAUAUGGAUUGUACGCAUAUCUUGAUAAAAUUCAUAUUAAGUUAUGUUACUAAACGUACAUGUAGGACUUUAAAGAUAUUCAUAAUAAAUCACUAUUUGAAGGGUUCAAUAGUUAUAUGUUCAUAUUUUCAUGUAAUAUUUGCUCUGCACAAUUUUUAUCAAUAAUGAAAAGUUCGUGUGAUUAUUAUAUUGAAAAGUAUAACAAAUUCAAUGCGGAGUGUAUCUCUUCAAAGUACAAUUUUUACACGAGAUGUUUAUAAAGUCGUGCUCGUAGAUACACUUGUAUCAUGGAAAUUCACAGUACGUGUAUGAUAGUGUAUUUCUAAUUCAAAUAUAACAAAAAAUAUUUCCUCGUAUAGGCUAUUGAUCCCUUUAACGAGGCAAAUUAUAUUAAUUUUCGUCUUUUGCCUUAGAAGAGUAAAUCUUAUCUUAUUCUUUAUAAAAAAAAAAUCUUAUUCUUAAUAUUAAAAACAUUGUGCUUCUGCCGACGAUAUGUUUCUUUCAUACUUUUCUUGUAUCCUCUGUUUUAUUCUAUCAUCAUAGUCUUAGUAUAAUGAACACAACACACAACGUAAUAUAUGAUUGUAUGUAUAUUUGUAGAAUGAAAUUCGUCAUUCGAGUUGUUAGUGUUCACAUGAUCUCUUGAAUUUCGGUUUUCCUAUGAAACUUUUAUUUAACUGUGGAAACAAAGAUAUGCGCGUGCGUGUGCGUGAAACAACUAGCUGUAAUUUAUGUGAACAGAAAUUAUUGUUUCCCCUAAUCAAUUUAUAAUAUUAACCGAGACAGAUUGGGGGAACUGUAUUAGCGUUCUAUCUGUAUAUGAUAUUAAAAAAAAAAAAAAAAAAAAGAAUUGAUAAUGUAUCCGAAUGUA